UUGCAUGCCGUGCAGUCACAUGUUGGCCCCUUAAUUAAAAAUGAUUAAUUAGCACUUCCGCGCCCCAGAGCUUCCGCUCAUCCAGUGCUCGCUCUUCGCCUCUUCCACGGGGUUCAAAUAGCGCGGCAGCAUCACGCAUCGCCUUAGCUAGCUAAGCCCCUGAGACCACACUUGAAAGCGCAAAACCAUUCUCUCUCUCCACCUCUCGUCUCUCAUGAGCUAGCGCGCGCUCGCGCGUCGUACGGGGGUGUAAUCACGUUGCACACACGUACGCGCGGCGCAAGCAUAGCCAGGCCGCAUGUCUCUCUCCUUGGGGCGAAGCGCCGGCGCCGAUCGCCUCGCCGCGGCGCCCGCGCUUCAGGCCGCCGGUGCUCUGCCGCCACGCGUGGACGUGGACGUGUCUCUGUCGCUGGCGCGCGCCGCUGCCGCCGCCGCCACCGCCCCCCACGGGCAGUCGUACCUCCCGCUCAACGAGGACGACUCGCUGGACAUGGUCCUCUUCGACGUCCUCCGCGAGGCCUCCGCCGCGGUGCCGUCGUCGUCGGCGCCGGAGCUGGGCGCGCGGACGACGGCGCCGAUCAUCGCCGACCAUCCCGCCGUGCACAAAGGCGGCGGCACGAAGGCGAGGGGCGGCGCGGGCGGGCGGCACUACCGCGGGGUGAGGCGGCGGCCGUGGGGGAAGUACGCCGCGGAGAUCCGGGACCCGACGCGGCACGGCGCGCGGCUGUGGCUCGGGACCUUCGGCACCGCCGAGGAGGCCGCCGUGGCGUACGACCGCGCCGCGUUCCGCAUGCGGGGCUCCAAGGCGCUGCUCAACUUCCCGCCGGCUCUAGCCGGGGACGGCGGCCGUCGCGGCGGGGGCGCCCCCGCGAAGCAGGUCAGCGUGGGCGACGGUGAAUGCGUGAUAUGAGCAGUGGGGAUGUACAGCACGCUUUAUUUUUGUCUUUUUUUAUUUAUUGCUGGCUGGAGGUUUAGACAUGAU